AUGGCCUCGGCCGGUCUCCAGCUCCUUGCUUUCAUCCUGGCUGUGUCUGGGGUCUCUGGAGUACUUGCUGCCACUCUGCUGCCAAACUGGAAGGUUAAUGCAGAUGCAGGCUCCAACAUUGUAACUGCUAUUGUACAGGUACAUGGGUUGUGGAUGGACUGCACGUGGUACAGCACUGGGAUGUUUAGCUGCACUCUGAAAUACUCCGUUCUGUCGCUCCCCGUCUAUGUGCAGACUGCGAGGGCCACCAUGGUCCUGGCCUGCAUUCUGUCUGCCUUGGGGAUUUGUACUGCGAUAGUAGGAAUGAAAUGCACUCACUUAGGAGGAGACGCACACACCAAGAGUCACAUUUCCUUUGCUGGAGGAGUCUGCUUCAUCACCGCAGGGAUCUCUGCUUUAGUCCCAACAGUGUGGUACACCAAAGAGAUCAUAUCCAACUUUUUGGAUCUGACUGUUCCAGAAAGCCACAAAUAUGAACCUGGAGGAGCCGUGUACAUUGGGUUCAUUUCAGCGAUGUUACUACUUAUCGCUGGUAUUAUUUUCUGCAUUUCUUAUAUAAAAAAGAACCAAGAACCAUGGAUCUACCCUCCCAAGCAGAAACUUACCUCUACCUGGCAGCCAAAGAACAGGUUAGCAUACAACCUGAAGGAUUAUGUGUAAAGAGCCAUGUAAUGAACACGUAGUGAGGUUUCUGAGCCUGCUCAGACUUUAUUCGAAUGGAUAAAACCACUCUUAUGCUUAAUUUCCUUUAUAAGAAUUUAAAAUAGUAAAAAAAGUGAGGUACUCUAAAAUGCCAACAAAUGAUCACAUACGAUUAUAUCUGUUUUGACUUUA